CCGACCGGCAGGGGGCGCUGUGACGGUCGCGCCGCUCUGCCCGCGCCGCUCGCUGGUUGCGGCCGGAAGCGGCGCUGGCGGCGGCAGCCCCGGGAGCGGCGGCGGUGCCGCCAUGAAGCGGGACGUGCGGAUCCUGCUGCUGGGGGAGGCCCAGGUGGGGAAGACGUCUCUGAUCAUGGCUCUGGUGGGAGAGGAGUUCCCCGAGGAGGUGCCACCUCGUGCGGAGGAGAUCACGAUCCCGGCUGAUGUCACACCCGAAAAGGUCCCCACACACAUUGUGGACUACUCAGAGUCAGAGCAGACUGAGGAUGAGCUGCAGGAGGAGAUUGCUAAGGCCAACGUGGUCUGCGUGGUAUAUGAUGUCACCAAGGAAGCCACGAUUGAGAAGAUUCGCACAAAAUGGAUCCCCAUGGUGAACGGGGGAGCUGAAAAGGGUGCCAGGAUCCCCAUUAUUUUGGUUGGAAACAAGUCUGACUUGCAGAUGGGGAGCUCGAUGGAAGUCAUCCUGCCCAUCAUGAACCAGUUCUCGGAGAUUGAGACCUGUGUGGAGUGCUCAGCCAAGAACCUCAAGAACAUCUCUGAGCUCUUCUACUAUGCCCAGAAAGCUGUGCUGCAUCCCACUGCACCCCUCUAUGACCCGGAGGAGAAGCAGCUGAGACCUGCGUGUUCACGAGCGCUGACUCGGAUAUUCAACCUCUCAGACCAAGAUAAUAACCAGAUCCUCAGUGAUGAUGAACUCAACUACUUUCAGAAGUCCUGCUUUGGAAACCCGCUGGCUCCCCAGGCCUUGGAGGAUGUGAAGAUGGUUGUGUGGAAGAACACUACGGAUGGAGUGCAGGACAAUGGCCUGACGUUAAAUGGCUUCCUCUUCCUCAACACACUCUUCAUCCAGAGGGGCCGCCAUGAGACCACGUGGACUAUCCUUCGCCGCUUUGGCUACGAUGACGAGCUGGAGCUGACAGAUGACUAUCUGUACCCACAGUUCCGCCUGCCCCCUGGCUGCUCGACGGAGCUCAACCACCUGGGCUACCAGUUCCUGCAGCGGCUCUUCGAGAAGCAUGACAAGGACCAGGAUGGUGCCCUCUCUCCCGCAGAGCUGCAGAACUUCUUCAGCGUCUUCCCCUGCAUGCCCUGGGGCCCUGAGCUCUACAACACGGUAUGCACCACUGAUAAAGGCCUGCUUUCCCUGCAUGGAUUUCUCUGCCAGUGGACGCUUGUAGCCUACCUGGAUGUGCGGCAGUGCCUGGAAUGCCUCGGCUACCUGGGCUACCCCAUCCUCUCGGAGCAGGACUCCCAGACGCAGGCCCUCACAGUGACCCGGGAGAAGAGGAUUGACCUCGAGAAAGGCCAGACUCAGAGAAACGUCUUCCUAUGCAAGGUGCUGGGAGCCAGGGGCGCAGGCAAGUCUGCCUUCCUGCAGGCCUUCCUCGGCAGGAGCCUCGCGGCCCAGAGGGAGAACCCAGGACAGCCAUCUCUCUACACGAUCAAUACUGUGCAGGUCAACGGCCAGGAAAAGUACCUUAUACUGCACGAGGUCAGUGCUGAGACAAAGUUCUCAACGCCGUCAGACGCAGCCUGCGAUGUUGCCUGCUUGAUAUAUGACCUGAGCGACCCCAAAUCCUUCAGCUACUGUGCCAGCAUUUAUAAGCAACACUACAUGGACAGCCAGAUCCCCUGCGUUUUUGUGGCCUCCAAGACAGACCUGCCAGAAGCGAGCCAGCAGCCCGGGCUGUCCCCCGCCGAGUUCUGCUACAAGCACUGCCUCCCACCACCAUUCCUCUUCUCCUGCCACAGCCAGGGCCCACCCAGCACCGCCAUCUACACCAAGCUGGCCACCGCCGCCACGUUCCCCCACCUGAACGCCGUGGAGCUGGGAGCCGCGUCCUUCUGGCUCCGGGUGGCCCUGGGGGCCGCAGUGACCGCCCUGGUGGGGUUUGCGCUGUACCGCGUGCUGGCCAAGAACAAGUGAGAGCUGCUCUCCGCCCCGUCCUCCCUGUGCCACCGGCUCCCCGUCCUGAGCGAUGCCCCAUGAGGGCCCUCUACCCGCUGGUCCCUGGUGGGAAAUCUCCCUCCCCCAGCCUCAAUUACAGGACCAGAGAAGCCAGAGUUCCCAGCACCAGCAGGAUGGAUCCUUGGCACCAGCCAGCCUCACCCCGCUGGCCCCCGGGCACCUUGCCUGCGCGGCAGCUGGGGGGGGCCUCCUCCCUGGAAGCCAAAGGGAUCGCUCCCUUCUUUUAUUCUGUUAAUGGUUUUUUAAUGUUUGUUUUUAUGUUCAAACACGAGUGUUUAUCUGCCCAUGGGUUAGGCACGUCCCUUCUGCAGGGGGCUGUGCUGGGGCCCUCAGUUCUGCAGGGUGACACCCCUGGAGCCCCUUAAGUCACGCUCCCAUCUCAAGUCCUUGUUUCCCAAUACCAUCCCACCUCAAUCUUGGCCCAUUUGCCCUCCUCCCCUGCCUGCCUCUGUGUCCCAUCCUCCCCACAACCAGUAUUCCCAGUGCCAGAGAGCACUCCACAGGCUGAGGACGCAGGCCUUUGCCUGGCAGUGCCAUCACUGAGUCGGUGCCACGUGCCAGUACAUGGCCCUUGUCCUGCUGUCCCCUCUGUGGGUGCCUGGCCAGAACAUUGCACCUCCUGGUACGACUGGAAGCUGUUUCCCUCCCAUGCCUGGCUCUGGCCCGUUGGCAUUUCAGCCAGCAUGAAUUUGGGACUGCCCCUGUUCUCAGCAUCCCAAAGGGCGAUGCCAGCCCGUGCUGCUCCCUGGGAGCUCCACGCUCUACUCACCCCUACUCCAGCCUCCCAACCCCCUUCUGCUGUGCCCCGGGGGGGCUCCUGGUGAAAUAAGUGACACUAGCUCUUAGGCUACACUCAGGGUAGGCUUAUUUGCAGGCAGCUCGGGGCAGCGCCGCUGCUUCUCUGUCCCUUUGUCUAUUUAAACUUUUCCUGUGGCCUGGAGCCAGCAAGGGGUUGGAGAAGCCACCAUUUGUGGGAUGCAUCCUGCCAUGCUGGCACCGUCCCCAGCGCUGUCCCUGUCCAGAGGUGCUUUUGCCAGCCUGGGGUUCUCCACUGGUACCCAUGGGGCCGUGUCCUUGUGCUUUCCAUUCCCGCUCCGUCCCGCUGCCUCCCAGGAGUGCAUCUGUGGGGCAGAGCCCUGGGGCACAGGGGUGACCCUGCACCCCGCAGCGCUCCGGGCCUGCUGCAGCCGUGCUGUUUUAGGUUUGUUCUCUACAAUCAAAUAAAUUUUUACACACUUUCCCUUCA